AAACGGCUCCACGGAAGUUUCCAUUUUCGGGCACCUUCCUGCGCCAGACUGCUUGCCUUGCAUACGUUUCGAAAAUUUCGACAACACAUUGGCUUGUAAUACGUUUUCGUUGAUAUGGCAUCAAAAUCUGGAAUCAGACCUGCGGGGUCUGACGGGAGUGAUCACUGGCAUAGAGAGAGUAUUGCAUGGCAAUAUAAAAUCAGUUCCCAGAACAAGGGACGACUGAAACUUGACAUCUUUGUUCACAUGUUAUUAGGAAUGCUAAUGCUGGUACGUCUUUCUCCUGGAAUCGUUUCACUUCUCGGUAUAAAUGUCCAAGCACUAAGACGAUGGGACCUUCCACACCCUCGCCCUUGGGAGUUUGCAUGGAUGUUCAGCCUGGUGGCAGCUGUAGUGGGCUGGAGAUCCAUCCCUCAAAACAGCACCUUCUUGCUGAAGCAGUAUAUCCUAGGAACCAUUGUGUUUGGUGUUCUUCCUGUAUUUUUUGGCUUUAUUGAGCUGUCUGAUGACAUGUAUGCAUACAUCAUUAACAGAAAAUACACGUUCGUUAUGUUUGGAAUGCCAGCAAUAGUCUUGUGGAUUCUUUUUCUGGCCAUCUGUGCCCAGCUUCAUGGAUUAGCAUUAUAUUUUAGUGUUGUGCUUCUUAAAGCUUGGCGACCAAGAGGAGAUAAACUAAAGCUACGCUAGACAAUACUCAUUUAAACAUGUCAACAAUUAUACCUUAUAGUGUGCUCAGUAUUUUAUGUCAUUUCUUAUGCCAUUCCACAUGACAUGCAUAAAAUGUUAUGUGCAAUCUUCUACACACCGAUUUGGCUGGAUUUUUUUCCCUGUGAAACAUCUCAGUGAUGGUGUUGAUUUUUUUUCUGCAGUUUAUGAAUCUUAAAUAUAUGUCCGUUGUAGUACAAAGGCAAAAACAAUCGCUGGCAUACAAUGGCAGCAUCAGCUUGUGACUACACAGAUCCUGCAUUACAGAUUCAUAAAAAUAUCUGAUCAGAAAUUGAGUUUUCACUCUUUGUUCCCAAGUGUCAGUUUAACCGUUGCUAUUUUUAAUGCAUGUCUUAACCAAGGUGAAUCCAAGCUAAAUGUGUGCAUGUUGCUUAUUUAUUUUUUAUUGGUUCAUUUCUCUCAUUUUCCAUGACAUGGAUAUUGUCAAUGGUCAUCCAAAAUUUCCUUUCUCUUUGAAGCUUUUAAAUUGUAGAAUGUUAUAUAUUGUUAUGUCAUUCUUACACUAUCAAGAAAUCACAGCCAUGUGUUCACAUUGCUGUAAAUUUGUUCUGUGGUAUUGGUCAAGACAUGGGCUUAAACUUUAUAGGCAGCAACUGUAACAAUCAAGUAAACUUGAUAGUAUUCUAAAUACUUAUGUGGUCAAGUGCCUUCCACCAUUUCUCACCAUACUUGGCAAUGUAUUUAGAGUUGAGAACUUUUUCUACAAAUUACUGAUGAGGGUGUGUCAGUUUAGGUGGUUGUCUGCAGGCUGCUUUUAAAAAACACUCUUGCUGCCAGGUGCAAAGAAAACUCUCAUAUUUUGAGUGUUAGUAUGCUUUUCUUGUAGUAAAAUAAACAGUACAAGUAACUUAUUUUAUAAUCACAAAAAUGGUUAUGCUUUUGUAAAUUUUAACUUUUUUCGCUUAGCUAGUCCAACUAGGGCUGUAGAGAGCUAAUUAUUGAGAUGGCCCAAGAAACAUCCAUUAGAGUACACCAUAAUUCACUUGGUGCUGUUAUCUUUGUUUCAGACUUGAAAGAGGAUUUUUUUUCCAUUUUGUUAAGAGGAGAAUGCAUGUUUGUUUUCAUGUUAAAAGCACUGUGACACAGAUUGAAUAUUGAACGAUUCAACAAUUUUACACAAACAACACACCUACUGAUACAUAUUAUACAUUUUUAUGUAUAUGUGGUGGUAACUAUUCACAUUGUUUCAGAAUAUUUUAAUUAUUUGUCUUUGCUAUACGCGCAACUGCCACUGUGAUACAGGGUCAUAAUUACCUAUUUUUAAAAUGUUCUUUCAGGCUGUCUCGUUUCCAUUUUAAUAAUAUAAAGCAUGCUUUUGUGUUGAUUUCUGGGAAGGGUGUGGGGGCCAUAUUUUUAGGUUGUAGUACUGAGUGUUCUAGUCCAGAAUUCACAUUGUUCUUGCACCUUCACAAAAACACGAUUUAAAACAGAUCUGUUUCUUUUGCUGCAGUGUUAAGGCUUGCAUGCCUCUCCCCAUAUCUUGUGGCAAGUUUGUAGAUGGUGCCUUCAAGCUUUGAAUCGGCUUCAGGAAUUUCAUUCCCAUAGGCUUUAUAGUGAGAGAAGGCCUAAGUGUAUGCCAUGCUGUGUCAUGUGACUACAGUUCUAUAAACUCAACACUUCCAGGUGUUCAAGACUCUUUUUUGUAUAUUUAUAGAUGAAUUUUGUGCCAGUAGCCUUUAGCACUCUUCUUCAUGAGUGUGUGUGGUAACUAAAAAGGUCAGGUAUUUGGUUUAUUUGUUUUAAUCAAACAAACCUGCGUUGAAAAUUUCCCAUAUUAUGAACAUGUAAAAAUGUUUAAGUGCCAAUGUUACCUCUAUUUCUAUGCCUCCUAUUGUUUAUCCAUGCAAAGAAAAGUACUUGAAAGCAGAAUGUGAUCAACUGCAGGUACUAGACAAAGAAAUGAGGGAUAAGAAAAUGGGGACCGGACAAAAAUGUAAGGUGUUCAAGCUGAGCUCUCCCAAUCAUGGGAAAGAAUGGAUAACCGUGUCUUGAUAAUGCUGUCAAGUGGAUUAUAAAGCAUGAAGGCAAAGCUGGGGAAAUGUGUGUGUAUACCAUAAUUGCAAUUGUAGGUUCAACUAAAACCUAUUCUCAGAAGUCAUGAGGCUUUUGCCUUAGUCUGAUCAUUCAGUGAUAAAGAGUUAAAGGCUAGCUUUUUGCUUGCAAAUUAAGAAUGCAUAAAAAUCAGAUAUCUGUGAAGAUAACCCUUGAUGGAUACUUAGAUGUAUGCACGAUUGUGUCAGAAUUUUAUUUUCCCUGAGUGCACCAUGCUCCUUUUGGAUGAAAUUAAAAGUUUUUAAAAGGCA